AUGUCGCGCGAUUGCCGACCUGGAGGAUACCUAGUGGCCGCUAUAGCGAGUAAUGAUGAUGUUUUCAGUAGCGCAGCGAGGCGGCAGUGCGAUAUUUGCGGCAAGGCGUUCGCGAAGCCGUGCCAGCUCGAGCGGCACAAGCGCAUUCACACGGGCGAGCGACCCUUCAAGUGCGACUUCUGCGGCAAGUCCUUCGCCCAGAAGUCGACCCUCCAGAUGCACCAGAAGCGUCACACCGGCGACCGGCCCUACUGCUGUCCCCAAUGCCAACGCUCGUUCACGCAGAGCGGCAACUUGCAGACGCACUUGAAGCGCAAGCACAAGCUCGAUCCCGUAGAAACGAAGAGGCUCGCCAAGACCCAGCAAUUCGUCAACUACGAUCCGAAGCUCCUGCCGCCGCCGCCGAGCAUCGAGGACCCAAGGGCGCUCAACUUCGACGACAUGUCCAUCGUCGAGCUGUUCAAGUAGAGGCGCCCUCAUC